AUGCACAUUAACUACCGGAACACUGGUCGGAGUUCUCAUUUCUUUCUCAGCGCGAGCCCUUCGCAGCAGGAGUCGUCUCUUCUUGCUUGGUCCUUUCCGAUCUCGGGUCGUACAGGGCGCAAUGCAAGAAUAGGCGAUGACCUGCUUGCGCAGGGCUCGUGCUGGCGAGGAGGUGCGAAAUUCUGCCGGGGGUCAGGCUGUUAUGUGUCAUUCAUUGAUGGAUACUGUCGCAAGCUCGGAAUGUCCCAGCUAAAAAAGCGUUCUCCUGCAUCCCGUCGAUCUCUUUACAAGCUAGGCAUGUCACUAACUAUAGGCACUCGAGACGGCCAUCUUACCAUCUGCUAUUUAGCAUGGUUCGCGCUAUCGCCCCAAUGUGGGAUUAUCCCAUUGUCAAGUAUUGACGGGGCUAGGGUUGCUGCUGGUAUUUCAGGGUUGUGUCAGGCCCUCGAUGGUAGAUGGAGGAACGUGUCAAGUUCUCCGAUGCUGCGAAGAUGCUCAACGAUGUAG